AUGGCAGUUUACACAACCGAUCACUCAGCCUCCGUCCUCCAAACUCACGGCUGGCGCACCGUCUCCAACUCAGCGUCUUAUCUCCUGCCACACAUCAAACCAGACAUGAAUAUCCUCGACAUCGGCUGCGGUCCAGGGAGCAUAACGAUCGACAUGGCAAAACACGUCCCAACAGGGCACGUAACGGGCGUAGAAUACGUCGCCGACCCACUCCCAGCUGCGCGCGAUCUUGCAACGUCGCAGGGCAUAUCGAAUAUCACGUUCCAGGAGGGUGAUAUCCACGCACUGCCCUUCGGAGAUGAGGAGUUCGAUAUCGUGCAUGUACAUCAAGUACUUCAACACAUCGCGGACCCAGUGGCCGCACUCUCGGAAAUGAAACGCGUCUGCAAGAGGGGCGGGAUAGUCGCUGCGCGAGAGUCGGCGGGGAUGAGCUGGUACCCCGAAAACGAGGGGAUAUCUAAAUGGAAAGAAGUUACAGAAGUCAUGGGCCGUGGAAAGGGAGGGAAUCCGAAUCCCGGGUCUAGGAUCCACGUUUGGGCGAUGCGCGCGGGAUUUGAUUCUUCUAUGAUUGAGAGGAGUGCGGGGUGUUGGUGUUUUUCCAGUCCCGAGGAGAGAGCGUAUUGGGGUGGUAGUAUGGAGGAGCGGGCGCGGUCGAGUGGGUUUGCGAAGGGAGCAGUUGACGAGGGUUAUGCGAGUGAGGCUGAUUUGGAGCUGAUUGCGGCCGGGUGGAGGAGAUAUGUUGAGGAUGAGGAGGGGUGGUUUGGGAUGUUGCAUGGGGAGAUUCUGUGCCGGAAGUAA